AUGGCGAGCAACGACGACGGACAGAAUAGUGUUGACCCCACGGGUGUGAUAAACAAUCAACGGCAACAAAACCAGCCGAUUAUCCCCGUGCCGGCGGUCCACUAUCAGCAGCAGUUUAUUCCCGUCUCUGCCGCCCAGCAACAGCAGUACGCGCCCUUCCCGCCCCACCAACCGCAAGCACAGGUCGGUAGCGAUGUGUUCGUGCAAAUUUUGCAAAUGAUGCAGCAGCAGCACCGAGAGAUGAUGACCCAGCUGAUUCAACAGCAGCAGCAAAGUGAUGAGAAGCAUGAACGCUUUCUCCGUACGAUCGCAUCGUCAAUCAACGUGCAGGUACCACCGAAUCCGGAACAGAUUCUUGACUCUUUGGCCGGCAACAUCAAGGAAUUCCGGUUCGAGGCCGACUCCAACGUGACGUUUGCGGCUUGGUACUCGAGAUACGACGAUCUCUUCGAGAAGGAUGCUGCUAGAUUGGACGGUGAAGCAAAAGUUCGUCUUCUUUUGCGAAAGCUGGGUGCAUCGGAGCACGAACGGUAUGUGAGUUACAUUCUGCCUAAACUUCCGAAAAAUUUUAGCUUCCUGGAAACAGUGGCCAAGCUCAAGAGCCUGUUCGGAGCAAAAGAAUCGGUGAUCAGCCGUCGCUACCGAUGCCUGCAGAUAGCGAAAAAUCCUGCAGAGGACCAUGUGGCAUUCGCUUGCCGCGUAAACAAGGCUUGCGUGGAGUUUGAGCUGGGUAAGCUCUCGGAGGAGCAAUUCAAGUGCUUGGUCUACGUGUGUGGUUUAAAAUCGGAGAACGACGUCGAGAUUCGCACCCGCCUCCUCACGAAAAUAGAAGAGAGAAAUGACGUGACAUUGGAGCAGCUUUCGGAGGAGUGUCAGCGACUGUACAACCUGAAGCACGACAGCGCCAUGAUCGAAUCUCCGUCCACGUAUGACCAAGUACAAGCGAUAAGAAAAUUUGGUGGGAAGCGGUACGAAAAGCAUGACCGUGAGUCACCGAAACAUCCUUCCAGUGACACCGACAGGAAACCAAAUUCGCCAUGUUGGUUUUGCGGUGGAUUCCACUACGUUCGGGACUGUAGAUACAAGAGCCACAAGUGUUCCGAAUGUGGCCAGUUCGGGCAUCGUGAGGGGUACUGUGCCAGUGCCAAACCCCGAAAAACUGGAAGGAGGCGCAGGAAGCAACCAGUGUCCGCCAAGGUGGUGGUCGUCGAUGUGUGCAGUGUGCAGCAACGACGCAGAUAUGUCUCCGGAGAUUUGGCGGAGCAUUGGCAGUCCUGCGUUAUCGUCAGCAACGGUGAAGGCGAAGACGGCAUCUGGCAGCAUACUAUCGCUCGAUGGGGAGUUCGAGUGCGACGUCACCAUCGGAAGCAGUACACGACGUGA